AUGGGAGGGAAAUGCUUAAUCUCAAUCUUCACAGACCAAGAUCAAGCAAUGUGCUCUGCAAUACAUAAGGUCUUUCUAGAGGUCAGACAUAGAUUAUGUGUAUGGAAUUUGGAACAAAAUGCUAUUACAAGAUUUGGAUCAUUGAAACAAGACAAGGAUUUUAAGAGAACAUUCUCCUACAGUUUGAAACGAUGUGUAACUGAAGUUGAGUUUGAAACUGUAUGGAACUCAAUGAUUGAGAAGUAUAAUUUACAAGAAGAUAGUUGGUUCCAAAGAAUUUAUGAUCUAAAAGAAAAGUGGUGUCCAGCUCUAAGCAAAGACUUCUUCUCAGCUGGUAUCCUCUCUUCCCAACAAAGUGAAAGUACCAAUCAUGCAAUUGGGUUUAGAGAAAAUAGAUCAACAAGCUUGACUAAAUUCUAUAGCAUUUUCAAAGCUUGUAUACAACGUUGGAGAAGCACGGAAAAACAUGAUGAGUUCUCGUGUAGUAAAUCAACUGCAUCAUCAGCAAUACCAUUAUCUGGUCUGCUGAAACAUGCAUCAGAAAUCUACACUUUGUCUUUAUUCACAGAUUUUGAAGAAGAAUUUGGGUAUUUCAUUGCAACUACCACAAAAUUGCUUUGGCAAAAUGGUAGUACCUUGUUCUAUUUAGUGGCAAUUGAAAGUGAACCUUGGUCGCAACGAAAAGUCACUUUGGAAUCUGACAGCAACCAAGUUAAAUGCACUUGCAAGAACUUUGAAGCUUCUGGAUGGUUAUGCUACCACUGCAUCAGAAUAUUACACUUACAUUCAGUGAUGAGAAUACCAGAUCAGUAUAUAAAGAAGAGAUGGACAAAGUUUGCAAAAUCAUCAAUUUGGGAAAGACGUGACAAUGAAGAACCUAAACAACUUCAAUACACACCUUGGCGUCAAACCAUGGCUAGAAAAUUCUAUAAUCUAAUAUUAAAAAGUCAAUUGAAUGAAGAGGCGAGAACCCUUAUCGAGGACAGUUAUGCUGUGAGCCAUUCUCUUGUUGAAGAACUACUAACAACCAUCAACAACACUACUGAAGCAGAGACUAACCAAGCUACUGAAACAGAGACCAACCAAGCUACUGAAGUAGAGACUAACCAAGCUACUGAAGCAGAGACCAACAAAGAUACUGAAGCAGAGACUAACCAAGCUACAUCAUUAAGUACAUCAACUGAGGCACCUCUUAUAUUAAAUCCUGAACUUACAACAACAAAAGGAAGGAACAAAAGGCCACGAGGACCACUGGAGAAGAAAAGAAAGAAGACUGCAGUACCACCACUUGAGUUUGGAGCUAUAACCCCUAUUUUGAGACUAUUUUAA